AUGUCAUCACCUUCAUCUUCUUUCACGGACUACAUCUUAGAUAUUUCCUCUCUGAACUCAAUAUGGAAUUGGCUACAAUCAACUUUACUGGGAGAGACAAAUGAGCCUCAGUCAACAAAUUUGGGGAUGAUAGAUUAUCUUGCUCCAGCUGUGCAAGUUGUUUUGGGCAUUUGCUUUUUGGUCGUGUUGGUGAUAGGAAUAUAUACCUUGUGGAAAAGAAGCGUUCGGUCACUUCAGAAAAUAUUGCUGUUUGUAAUCACACUCUACAAGCUUUACAAGAAGGGUUCAGAUUUUUUUCAGGCUAUUCUGGUCAACCCAGAAGGGACUGAGCUCCCAGUUCAAACCAAUAGUAAUACUAUGGUUCUGUCCUUGGGUAUGCAAGAAAAAAUCCUGAAAAAACUUAAGGCAGUGGAAAACAAAGUGAAGGACCUGGAGGGAAUCAUCAUUUCCCAGAAACCUACCACAAAGAGAGAUUGCUCAUCUGAGCCCUACUGCAGCUGCUCUGACUGCCAGAGCCCUUUACACACAUCAGGGUUUUCAUCUACAUUGGAAAUGUAA